AAGAACUUUUUUUCCACUCAUCAACUAUGAAGAGUCUUUAGAAUAGUAUGUAUGGAGCAACCUUAAAUGGUCAGCUGAGCUAUAUUCGUACAAAAACAAAUAAAAACUUUUGUUUAUGUCAAGUGAUAAAAAAAUCUAAACUAUGAAUAAUUUAAAUGUGAUAAAAUGUUUAAGUUUACUUUUAAUUGUAACAAAACUUGUGCGAAUAAAACUUCUCUUAAAAAGAAAACAGAAACGUAUAAGAAGAUGGUGGGUAAAACCGCACAUACGUGAAAAUAUUAGGAACGAACUUGGUGCUCAUAAAAAGGUGUUUCUAUAUUUUCGCACAAAUGAUCAUGAAGAAUUUUUUAAAUUUACACGAAUGUCUGUGCAGCAAUUUGAUUAUUUGCACGACCUUUUAAAGCCAAAAAUACAAAAAAGGAGUCGAAGAGAACCGUUGCCGACUGAAAUUCGAAUUGCUGCUACGUUAAGUUUUCUUGCUCACGGUGACAGCGUGGCAACUACAUCUUGGUUUUUUCGCAUUGGAAAAUCAACAAUGUAUAAAUUUAUUCCUGAGGUAUGCCAUGCUAUUUGGGAAGUACUUCAUCCAAUAUAUUUACAAUGUCCUCAAAAUGAGAAUGAGUGGAUAAGAAUAGCAGACGAUUUCAAUAAUAUUUGGAACUUUCCAAAUUGUAUUGGAGCAAUUGAUGGAAAACACUGUCGAAUUAAAGCACCAUCAAAUUCGGGCAGUUUUUUCCACAAUUAUAAAGGUUACUUUAGCCUUGUUUUACUUGCUAUUGUGGAUGCCUCUUACCGAUUUAUUUGGGUUGACAUUGGAGAUUAUGGAUCAAAAAACGACGCUGGAAUCUGGUCACAAACUAAAAUGAGUUAUGCAUUAGAAAACAACACAAUAUCUAUACCAAAAGAACGUCCUUUACCUAACACUAAUUGUUCAUUCCCAUUUUUUAUUAUUGGUGACGGGGGCUUUCCACUUAAAACAUACUUAAUGCGUCCAUUUGCAAAAAAUAAUUUGCAAAAUAUUGAACGCCGAGUGUUUAAUUAUCGACUGUCACGGGCACGUCGAGUGUCAGAAAAUGCUUUUGGGAUUCUUGUUACAAGAUGGCGAAUUUUACAAACACCUAUCGCUUUAAAGUUAAGUACCGCAGAGACAAUUGUGCAAGCAAUAACAUGUUUACAUAAUUAUAUUAUAAAUACUAAAUCAUGUAAUAAUCAAUAUAUACAAGAAAAUAUCAUAGAUCAUGAAAAUUCUGCUGGUGAAUUAAUAGCAGGAAACUGGCGAACUUCAAUGCCAGAAAAUGGUUUUAUUAAUCGUUUAGGAAGAAUUGGUGCCAAUGUUGGUGCAGCUACUGCUGUAAGACAACGUGAUACAUUAGCUCGUUAUUUUGUUUCAGAAGAAGGAAGCAUUUCAUGGCAAUGGCAACAUAUAUAAUUUGAACAAAGGCUUUUUGUUUACUCAACAACAUUGAGCACCAAAUUCUUUAUAAAUAUAUAACAAAAAAAAUAUCGUAGUAAGUAAUUAAACUUUUCAAAACAUUUUUAUUUUAUAAACUGUGUGUUAUACAACUUAUAAAUACAUUUAAUGUAAUAACACUUAGAUUUAAGACGUAAACUAAAAACUUUUUUGCAAAAAAUUCUUUAUGUCAAGAUAUAAUUUUUGAGAUAGAUUUAAUAUGUAUGACAGACUUAUUUUAUAUUGUACUAUAUUUUGUACUUUUUUGUAAUAUAAUAAAGAAAACUCUUUGGUGUUAAUA